AUGUCUGCUCCAGUUAUCCCAAAAACCCAAAAAGCUGUUAUCUUCGAAACCAACGGUGGUAAAUUAGAAUACAAAGAUAUUCCAGUCCCAGUUCCAAAGUCUACUGAAAUCUUGAUCAAUGUUAAGUACUCUGGUGUCUGUCACACUGAUUUACACGCCUGGAAGGGUGACUGGCCAUUAGCCACCAAGUUACCAUUAGUCGGUGGUCACGAAGGUGCUGGUAUUGUUGUCCAAGUCGGUGAAAACGUCCAAGGUUGGAAAGUCGGUGACUUAGCCGGUAUUAAAUGGUUAAACGGUUCUUGUAUGGCCUGUGAAUACUGUGAAUUAGGUAACGAAUCUAACUGUCCUAACGCUGAUUUGUCCGGUUACACUCACGAUGGUUCUUUCCAACAAUACGCUACUGCUGAUGCCGUUCAAGCUGCCAGAAUCCCACAAGGUACUGAUUUGGCUGAAGUUGCUCCAGUUUUAUGUGCUGGUAUCACUGUCUACAAGGCUUUGAAAUCCGCUAACUUGAGAGCUGGUGAAUGGGUUGCCAUUUCCGGUGCUGCUGGUGGUUUAGGUUCCUUAGCUGUCCAAUACGCCAAGGCUAUGGGUUACAGAAUCUUGGGUAUUGACGGUGGUGAAGAAAAGGAAAAAUUAUUCAGAGAAUUAGGUGGUGAAAUCUUCAUUGACUUCACUAAGACCAAGGACAUUGUCGGUGACAUCAUCAAGGCUACCAACGGUGGUGCUCACGGUGUUAUCAACGUUUCCGUCUCUGAAGCUGCUAUCGGUGCUUCCACUGAAUACUGUAGAGCUAACGGUACUGUCGUCUUAGUCGGUUUACCACGUGAUGCUAAGUGUAAGUCUGAUGUCUUCAACCAAGUCGUCAAGUCUAUCUCCAUUGUCGGUUCUUACGUCGGUAACAGAGCUGAUACUAGAGAAGCUUUGGACUUCUUCUCCAGAGGUUUAGUCAAGUCUCCAAUCCACAUUGCCCCAUUAUCUGACUUACCAGAAAUUUUCGGCAAGAUGGAAAAGGGUCAAAUUGUUGGUAGAUAUGUUGUUGACACCUCCAAAUAA